GCUUGCUCGCACUAUGAUCGGAUGUUUGUUGUAGAGUAGGGGAACUUUCGUGUUUGUCGCCUUGUAGUCGCGUCAGUUGUUCUUUCCAUUGGUCAGCACUUUCAUUCAGGGUGUUUUACCGGUGAAAAUGUCUAAUCAGACGCCCUACAUUGGGAGUAAGAUUAGCCUGAUAUCGAAGCUCGACAUACGUUAUGAGGGUAUUCUCUACACUGUCGAUACAAACGAUUCUACAAUUGCAUUAGCAAAAGUACGCUCUUUCGGCACAGAAGACCGCCCGACUCCAAACCCAGUUGAAGCGCGAGAUGACGUUUACGAGUAUAUAAUCUUUAAAGCGAACGAUAUCAAAGAUCUCAUCGUUUGCGAGACUCCUAAGGUUGCCACUUUGGCCGGAGGCCUGCCCUAUGAUCCUGCCAUAAUUUCUGUUUCUGCCCGUACAGGAUCUGCAGCUGCGAACGAGCAGCAGGCAUCCGCAGCUCAGGGAAGCCGAGCCCCAGGAGCAGGUCGCAGCACUAAUGCGCGAGGAAAUAGAGGAAAUUUCAACCAAGCUGGAGGGCAACCAGUCGGUUCGGGUAAUCGUCAGUACAAUAAUGGCUAUCUUCGUGGAAAUUACAACAGCUAUGGCGGACAGCGUCCACGUAACAAUCAAAGCGUCGGAGUCCCUCGUCCUCGCGAGAAACUGAAGUUUGACGGAGAUUACGAUUUUGAGAAGGCCAAUGAGCAGUUCCAGGAACAGUUCUCCGAUAUGUUCAAAGACAAACUUAAGGUGGAUGGGGAGAAGAGCGAAGAAGAGCAAGGAGAAAAACCUGCUGAAGAUACUUAUUACGACAAGAAAAGUUCUUUCUUUGACCGCAUCAGUUGCGAAGCCUUAGAGAAAGCUGAGGGGAAGAGCGGACGUCCGGAUUGGAAAAAGGAAAGGGAAACAAACCAAGAAACGUUUGGUCAUUCUGCUGUACGCUCUUUGAAUUAUCGUCGUGGAUUUGGACAACGGGCACGUGGAGGACGUGGCUAUGGAAGACCCGGUGAUGGACGUUACAUCAAUAAUUUUAAUCGAGGUUAUAACAACUAUCGCGGUGGAUAUGGUAACGGCAAUGCGAAUCAUCGCGGACGAGGUUUCAACAGAGCUGGAUAUCAACAGAAUCAACAGCAGUGA